AUGCUAGAAGCCAGAGAAGAUAUGGAGCAUGAAAGUUGGUGGGAAAUUAAAGGAGGGUCAGUUAAUGUUUGGUAUGAGAACUGGACAAAGCUGGGGCCACUACACUUAGUGGUGCCCAAUGAAUACCCUAUCAAUGAAGGACUAGAGGAUGUAGCAGAUCUCAUUGAAGAUGGAAAGAUACAGUGCUACAAGAAGCAGCUUCAAGGGGUAUCGGAUAGGCCAUGGUGGAUGCCCACAAGCACAGGGCAGUUUACAGUAAAUAGUGCUUGGCAACUCCGAAGGCAGAAGGGGCAAAUACACCCUGAUUUUCAACAAUUGUGGAUCAAGGGAGUACCAUUCAAGAUAUCAUUUUUCCUUUGGAGGUUAUGGAAGGGAAAUAUCCCAACUGAUGAUAAUCUUAGGAGAAUGAGAAUAGCUGUGGUAUCAAGGUGUUACUGCUGUAUUAAUCCUCAACAACAAGAGACAAUGAUGCAUCUGUUCCUGACAAGAGGAUUUGCAGCUGGGGUAUGGAACAUUUUCAUGGAGGCAGCAGGCAUUCAAGUUCACAUGGUACAAUUACACCAAGUUAUUAAAUCUCUGUGGAAAGUCAAAUGUGGAGAGAAGCUCAAGCCUAUAAUCCAAGCUUUGCCAGCUAUGAUUGUGUGGGAGUUGUGGAAGAGGAGAAAUAUCAUGAGGCAUGGAGGAAGGGUAAGCUUCAAAAGAGUAGUACAUGAAAUCAAUAACAAUCUAUUUUACCUCGCCAAGAUGAGAUAUCCAUGGCUAAUUAAUAUCCCUUUCAUCUGGCCUGAUUUAAUUGAUUUUCUGGAGAAUUAUAAUCCAUCUAUAAUUUGCAAUAUUGUGCACUGGAAAUUCCCUUAUAAUAGGUGGUUUAAAUGCAACACAGAUGGGGCUUCAAGGGGAAAUCCAGGACCUAGUUCCUACAACUUUUUUGUAAGAAAUUGGGAAGGAGACUUGGUUUAUGCACAAUGUGCAAAGAUAGGCGAUACAACCAAUGUAGUGGCUGAAGCUAGGGGAAUUCUAGAGGGUACAUCAAAAUUUUAUAGCUUUUCUGAGCUGCCUGGUGCAGGAAAAAAAAUUCUCAACCUGGACAAGAAUCAGGUACCCAAUCUGAGAAUCAGAAAUGCUAGGAAUGGAAGACCCAAAGGAAUGUGA